GUGAGGUGUCUCCCUAGCUCGCUGCCUCUGGCAAGUGGAGUUUUUAAAAAGCUCGAGCAGAUCAUGUCAUGACGACUUCGCUGCUCCUGCAUCCGCGCUGGCCGGAGAGCCUUAUGUACGUCUAUGAGGACAGCGCGGCGGAGAGCGGCGGCGGCGGCGGCGGGGGAGGCGGCGGCGCGGGCGGAGCGGGGGUCGGCUGCAGCGGAGCGAGCCCCGGCAAAGCCCCGAGCAUGGACGGGCUGGGCAGCAGCUGCCCAGCCAGCCACUGCCGCGACCUGCUUCCGCACCCCGUGCUGGGCCGGCCGCCGGCUCCCCUGGGCGCCCCUCAGGGCGCCGUCUACACGGACAUCCCAACCCCGGAGACGGCGCGCCAGUGCGCCCCGCCGCCGGCGCCCCCCACCUCGUCCAGCGCCACCCUGGGCUACGGCUACCCAUUCGGUGGCAGCUACUACGGCUGCCGCCUGUCGCACAACGUGAACCUGCAGCAAAAGCCUUGCGCCUACCACCCGGGCGAUAAGUACCCGGAGUCGUCGGGCGCCUUGCCCGGUGACGACCUGUCCUCUAGAGCCAAGGAGUUCGCCUUCUAUCCCAGCUUCGCCAGCUCCUACCAGGCGAUGCCCGGCUACCUGGAUGUGUCGGUGGUGCCUGGGAUCAGCGGGCACCCAGAGCCGCGUCACGACGCGCUCAUCCCCGUCGAAGGCUACCAGCAUUGGGCUCUCUCCAACGGCUGGGACAGUCAGGUGUAUUGCUCCAAGGAGCAGUCGCAGUCCGCCCACCUCUGGAAGUCUCCCUUUCCAGACGUGGUUCCCCUCCAGCCCGAGGUGAGCAGCUACCGGCGCGGGCGCAAGAAACGCGUACCCUACACCAAGGUGCAGCUGAAGGAGCUGGAGAAGGAGUACGCGGCCAGCAAGUUCAUCACCAAAGAGAAGCGCCGGCGCAUCUCGGCCACCACGAACCUCUCGGAGCGCCAAGUCACCAUCUGGUUCCAGAACCGGCGGGUCAAAGAGAAGAAGGUUGUCAGCAAAUCGAAAGCGCCUCAUCUCCACUCCACCUGACGGCCUACCUGGCUGCCCGCCCCGUCUAUUUAUGUCGCCGCUUUGUACCAUAACCGAACCCACCGAAGGACGCUUCGCCGGUGCAGACGAAUAUUUAAUGUUAUCACGAAAGGGGAACCGCGCCGCUGCCGGGAGGCAGAGAGGAUCGGAGGGCCAGCUCUGCCUCACCCUACUCCCAACCCCAUCCGCCCCCCCCACCCCCCAUGCAGAUGGGAACUACCCAGUCUCAACGGCUUUGGAGGUGGGUUCAGGUGGGCUGUGGGAGGAAGGCGACUGGCCUCCACUCCCCCUCGCUGUCACCCCUCGUCUUGCGAGAAACCCGAGUGGCAGCGAAGAGCUCAAUCAUUCCAAUCUAAGCAGGGCUGGGGA